AUGAACUACUACCAGCUACCGGUGGUGAUCGACAACGGCUCGGGAGUGAUCAAGGCGGGCCUGGCUGGGAGCCGGGAGCCCCAGUUUGUCUACCCGAACAUCAUGGGCCGCGCCAAGGGCCGUAGCUGGGCAUCCGAGAGAGAGAUGGAAGUGUGCGUGGGCGACCAAGCUCAGGACAGGAGGAGCUCGCUGUCCAUCAGCUACCCAGUGGAGCGUGGUCUCAUUACUUCCUGGGGAGACAUGGAGAUCAUGUGGAAGCAUAUCUACGAAUACAACCUGAAGCUAAAGCCCUGUGAUGGCCCAAUCUUGAUUACUGAGCCAGCGCUGAGCCCACUGGCCAACAGGCAACAGAUCACUGAAGUGUUUUUUGAGCAUCUGGGUGUUCCUGCCUUCUAUAUGUCCAUUCAGGCUGUGCUGGCUCUCUUUGCUGCUGGCUUCACUACUGGCCUUGUACUGAAUUCAGGUGCUGGGGUCACCCAGUGUGUGCCCAUCUUUGAAGGUUACUGUCUGCCUCAUGGUGUCCAGCAACUGAAUCUGGCAGGCCUUGACCUCACCAACUACCUCAUGAUGCUGUUAAAGGACCAUGGUGUGGUGCUGCUUAGUGCUGCAGACAGAAAGACUGUUGCAGAUAUUAAGGAGACCUCUUGUUAUGUGGCAAUGAACUAUGAAGAGGAAAUGGCCAAGAACCCUGAGUGUCUAGAGAAAGUUUACAAACUACCUGACGGGAAGAUCAUCAAGCUCCAUGAGGAGCUCUUUCGUUGUCCAGAGGCCCUCUUCUCUCCAUGUCUCUUGAACCUUGAAGACCCUGGCAUUGACAAGCUGUGCUUCAGCAGCAUAAUGAAAUGUGAUACAGAUCUGAGGAAUUCCUUCUUCUCCAAUAUUACCCUUGCUGGGGGAUCAACCUCUUUCCCUGGUUUAGACAAACGGCUAGUUAAGGAUUUGGCAAGGGUGGCUCCUGCCAACACUCCUGUGCAGGUUACAGCUCCCCCAGAAAGGAAAAUGUCUGCGUGGAUGGGAGGUUCUAUUCUUGCAUCCCUCUCUGCCUUUCAGGACAUGUGGAUCACUGCUGCAGAAUUUAAAGAAGUUGGACCCAACAUAGUACACCAAAGAUGCUUCUGAAACAGAAGCAAAUGGUUAGAAGAAAAUGUUUUGAGUAUAUGUGACAGAAAACUUUGGGUAUUAUUUCUUGGGAGAACAGAACAUAUUCCAAUUAUUGGGAUGUCCAUGUCUCUGUUGUAUU